AUGGAAGACUUUACCCUUGACCUUUUGUUGAACGACAGCAAGAAAAAAUACCUUCCGGGAGAUCAUGUCAAAGGCAUUGUCACUGUGAAAUGCGCCAAUGGAAGUACCAAUACUCCAAUUAACUUACGAUUAAUCUGGGCUGGCAAUGCUACAAGUCAAGACAAAGAUUCUGAGGAUUCAUUUCCUUAUUUCUUGGAGGCGUGGGAGCUGGAAAAUCAAACCCUUAAUAGCGACCCUAGUGAACUAGUAUUUCCGGAACACCUUUCAUUUCAACCAGUAAAUAUUUCAUUGAACAGUACCUAUGUUCUGCCUUCUAGUCUAGCGCUUGAUGGAAUAUGCUCGUUUGAGUUCGAUGUGAUUGUACCUACACGGCUUUAUCUUCCUGGAACAAUCAAGACAGAAGAAACAGACAUCACAGCAUCCAUAACGUACUCGAUCGUAGCCCAUCUUGAUCAGUAUGAGUAUCCCGGUAACAUUGGGGUUGCAAAGGCCGAGGUUAUUCUUGCCGAAACAUUCAAUCAUUUCUAUAAAUCCGGCUUCCAAUCCAAGACAGUGAAAUACUCCGUUGGAACUUUGUCAAAUACCUCUACUGUACAGGAAUAUGAUUAUUCAGCUUCACUUAGCAUUCAUAUAUUAAAUCCAAGAGCAGAAAGAGGUGGAGUGACACCUUUGAUAGUACAUAUUACGACUGAUUGUAGCCAUGACCGGGACGAAAUUAUUACAUACCUUCUUGUACGUAUUUGCAGCAUCCGUAUACAAGAAAGCAACUGUCAGUUUAAUGACACGGUAGUUUGGACAAAACAAGAGACAAUUAAUAUGAAACAAAGUUUUCAUCAAAAUCCAAAGAAACUUGAUCGUUUUCUGGAAAUACCUGAUGACAUACUUCCUACAAUCACCAAUAACGAUGGUAUAUUUGAGGUGAACUACAAAGUAUGUGUGAUGGUAUCUGGGAAUGACACUGUCUACGCUGCCGAAGGUCUACCUGAAAAUAGAUACGUUAUAGUGGACACUCCUCUUUGGAUUGAUUCUGUAUCUAAGGAAAACAUCGAACUUGUCUCUCCGUUACACCGAGCGGUUUCUGAUCCAAAGAAAGAUGAUGUGAAAAAGAGGAAUAUUAUGGACAGGUUCAAACGACAGAUAAAACCUGAUGAUGUCGAGCCACUGGAGCCAGUAAAACCAGGUUUCAGGGAGUCAUCGAAAGGGUUGUUUUCAUUUGGCCGUAGCAAGGCUAAGAAUAAGAAAUCCACUUCUAAUACAACCCCGCCUGAAUCGCCUUCACACAACCCCAUCACAGUAUCUAAAUCCCCGCCUUCAACACCACCACCUCCGGGUUUAGACUCUAACUCUCGUCCUGUUCAGCGUGUUCUUAGCACAGCAUCGUCUAUUUCAUACCGCUCUUUUAUAUCGUCACCAUCUCUAGGAAAGUAUACGAUGCACCCUGGAAUUUCAGAAAGAGGAACCGAAAAUAUGUCAGGUUCUGAAAACCAUUUUAGGAGCGCGAAUGAAACAUAUACGAAGCCCAAUACUUCGGAGGACACCACUUCAGAUGGAUACCCUCAAGGAUCAACUUACACUUAUGAAAAGGCGUCAUCUCAAGCUUCUUUUCUCCACAAUCGUUCUUGUGGUGAAAGCAAAGCUAGCAAUCAGCACCAAGAGUCCGAAAUAGAUAUUCUUUAUCGCAAUAUUCUUGGCCCUUAUGAUAAUACCCCCCUCUAUACUCAUGGAUCUGAAGAUAAUAUCACCUCCUCUAUAUCUAUGGCCCCAUCAAUCGUAACAAGCGAGGGAGGUGUGGAAACUCACGAUAUGUUUGAUGAUUCAGAUGACGAGGAUAUUGAAGAAUAUCAGGCUAGAAUGAAAGCCUUAGAAAUAAGACAAAUGGAAGAACAACAACGAUUCACAAAUAUCCGCUCUAAUAGUCAGAGAUCCAAUAUAUCUAACGUGCGGCUCGUAUCAAACCGUUUACAACCUUCGAUUACCUCCAACACUCUAUUAUACCACAAUCAUGAUGAAUAUAUAUCAGCUUCCGAAACUAGUCCUCAACGCAGUAAUGAUGUUUUCACAGCAAAUGGAGAAUAUGAUCUUGAUGAUGAUAGUUCCUCAGAUGAAGAUGAGCUUAUUCAUCAAGCUGCUAGAUAUAAUGAGCAACAGCUCAGGCUUGGUCAUUACAGAAAUUGA